AUGUCACGAGGCCACAGAAUGUCGAAACGCGCAUCCAAACGCAGGCAAGCCAGUCCAGAGCCGGACCUGAGUCUCACAGAAGGGUUCCCCAUCGUCAAGACCCGUCGAUACCCUUCUCGGAAAGAUAUCGAAUAUCACGCAACUCCAAGACACCGGUCGCUGUACGAACAUCAUCAUCAUCCUCCUCCUCCUCGUUCCCCCAAACGCCACCGACAGAACCGCCAAGCCGAAGCCAAGUCGGACACAGACGGCGAUCUGAAGAUGAUCCCCAUGCCACCAGAGUCACCCUCGACAGCCCUCGUCCUCAGGACAUCAAGGACACCGGGCUAUAAAAAAGACCACCGAAAGAACGACAACGACGGCUACUUGGAUAUCGUGAGGCGCCGCCGAAAACCUAAGCAUAAGCCCGACCUCGAGCUUAAUCUCGAGCCGGUGAAUCACAGAGCCUCGAAACGUCGCCGCAGCAUAAACGACACCGGACGCGAGAUACGUCAGCACAUGCAGCAACAGAACAGCGACCUCGUCGUCGACAACUACCACUUCCGCAACCACAUUCUGUCCCUCUUGGACGAGCAACGCUCAUCGGUCGAGUCGUGGGCCCGCAGCGUCGGCGCCGGGGGCCCGGCUGAGCCGAUGGACUGGCAGCCCGAGCAGGAGCGGGUCGUGUACAUUGCCCGCGACCUCGUGGAGUACGGCUGCUACGAGGACCGGUGGAGAAUCGGUGGUGGGCAGGAGGAGCAGCCGCAGCAGCAGCUGGAGGACAGGCCGACGGCGCAGCUCUCGUCGGGAUUAGUGUCGUGGGCCGAUCAGACAGAGGAUGGGUCGGAGAUGUGUGGGGCGCCGGUACUUGGCUUAAGUCUUGUGGAUGUGAUUGAGUGA